AUGGUGCUUACCAUGAAUACUGCAGAUAGAUCUUGGAAAUCUGCUGUUUGCAGCCUCUCCAUGAUUGUUAAAAGGGAUUUCAAUGAUUUUGGUAGGUUUAACAUUUCCAGGUGCGAUGACGAUUACAGUGUUCCAAUUGUACUUGACUGGGGAAUUGGAAAUAUCAGUUGCCAUGACGCGGUGAAAAGGGGACAUCAUGUAUGCGGCCAGAAUAAUAUCAACGAGUGUCAAGUUCCGAAAAGGAAUAACUGCCCCAAGGAUGCCAUAUCCGUUAACACUGCAGGCAGCUACGUUUGCACCUGUCGUCCAGGCUACUACAAGAAAGACUUUGGCAUUGGAAUUGCAACUACUUUUCUUAUAUUAGUCUUUGCAUGUGUUUGGAUGCACCGAAAGCUUAAAAAAAUAGAAGAAAAAGAAGCGAAAAAGAAACUCUUCAAGAGAUUGCUGCAGCAGCAGCUAUCAUCAGGUAAGGGAAGUGUAUUUGAAACGAGGCUUUUUGUCACAAAAGAGCUGGAAAAGGCAACCGACAAUUUUAAUGAAAGUCGUAUUCUGGGCAAAGGAGGGCUUGGAACUGUUUACAAAGGAAUGCUGUCAGAUGGAACUAUUGUAGCUGUGAAGAAAUCAAACAAAAUUGACCGGGAUCAACUGUUGCAGUUUAUCAAUGAAGUGCUUAUUCUCUCACAGAUAAAUCACAGGCACGUAGUGAAAUUGUUAGGUUGUUGUUUGGAAACUGAAGUUCCAUUACUUGUUUAUGAAUUUGUGUCAAAUGGAACCCUUUCGCAGCACCUUCAUGAUGACCCUAAUGUUGGAAUGAUCACUUGGGAGAAUCGUUUACGUAUUGCAGCUGAAGUUGCUGGAGCUCUUUCUUAUUUGCACUCAUGUGCUUCAACGGCCAUUUUUCACAGGGAUAUCAAGUCAAGCAACAUAUUGUUAGAUGAGAACUACAGGGCGGUUGUCUCCGAUUUCGGGCUGUCACGAUCAGUUGCUAUUGAUAGAACACACUUAACUACACUAGUCGGAGGCACAUUUGGUUACUUAGACCCAGAGUACUUCCGUUCCGGGCAACUCAAUGAUAAAAGUGAUGUUUAUGCCUUUGGAGUAGUUCUUGCCGAACUUCUAACAGGCCAAAAGGCUGUCUCUUCGGAUAAAUCUGAUGUAGGUUUGGUUAUCCGGUUUCGAUCAUCCAUGAAGGAAAAUCGAUUGUUUGAAAUCUUGGACAAGAUUGUCGCUGAUGAAGGCCUAGAAGAGGAAAUUCUUUUUGUUGCUAAGCUUGUCAAAAGAUGCCUAAAACUCAAUGCAAGGAAAAGGCCAGGCAUGAAGGAGAUAGCUGCUGAACUUGAACAACUGAGGAAAAUAAAGGAAGGGUCAAUAGAUAAACAAAAUUUUCAGGAUGGUUAUUGCUCAAUAAGCGAAAGAUCUGAUUUUUGCAAUUUGAUUUAA